CUAAGAAAAUUUAAUACAACAUUUCAUUCUUCACAUUUACGAGACAUUUAAGCCUCCAAAAAUAAACCAAAGUCUGAGGCCGAGAGCCGAAGCUGACCGAGACGAGGGUGGGACGCCAUCAAAAGUCCCCUUAAUUGUUGUCAUUUUUAAUCCGUAUUACUGGAAAACGACACCACCUGCUCAUUCCCCAAGCCUCACUGUAUUUCCAGACCCAUUCCCCGUGCUGAGUGAUGAGCCUGGGGAUGUGGUGAGGCUGCGGUGAGUGAGGUGAGGGUGUGGUGCUGGUGAUGAGUGUCUCCUAAACUCGUCCUCUCACAUGACCUCACGCCUAAUCACAUGACCUGCCCGCGGCCCACAUGACCUCCUCCUCCAUGGACAUGAUAGAGACAGCCCUCGACAGCAGCGGGGACAAGGAUUGUGAAUGUGAGGACGACAAGGUGUCUCUGGCCCACCGACUUGCCUUGGACGACUCGACAGUGAGGGACUCUGCAUCCCCGAUCCUUGCCCCCAGCUUUGCUCUGCGCACCGAGACUGAGAAUUCAGGUACACUGGCGUACAGAGUGGUGCAGUUCACUCCCGAUGGGGGCGUGGACAGCCUUCCACAGGGGGCUGUGCCGGGCACAGUCACCAGUCUUCUGGCCAGCCCUCAGGCCAAUGGCUCCCCUGCUGAGUCCCCUGAGACCAGAUUGGCACUCAUAACACCUGGUGACAUCUCCAGUGAUGGCCAGUUCUAUGUGAUCAGCGAUGUCCUCACCACCACCUCACCACGCAAUCUUGCCCCACGUGCCUCUGAGAGUGUCAUGAACCCCCGGCUGAGCAGCUCAACACGGGAGGAGAAGCGGAGAGUGACACACAAUGAGGUAGAGCGGAGACGGAGGGACAAGAUCAACACCUGGAUUUACCGUCUUGCCAAGAUCAUCCCUGACUGCCCUGAGGCUCACACCAAGAACUCACAGAGCAAAGGGGGGAUCCUGGCCAAAGCCUGUGACUACAUCACAGAACUCAGAAACCACAAUGACCACCUCACCGAGAGGAUAAAGGAAUCACAGCGCCGGGAGAUGGAUUUUGAUCUCUUGAAGCAGGAGCUGGAAGUUCUGAAAAAUGAGAAUGCUGCUUUGAAAAAUGAGAAUGCCUUGGUGCGUGCCCAGCUACAGCAGCAAGGGCUCCUCGGGGACCUGCCGCCAUAAUUCUCAGCCUCCACUGCUGCCCCUGCCAGUCCUUCUUUUACCCUUUGUAAGAUACAUCAUUAAUCUGGUGUUUAGUUCCCCUCAGUUGAUGUUCUCUGUUGAUGGUGAUAUUCACACUAGUGGAAGAUCUCAGAUCACUGCUGCUGCUGCUGUUGGUCUGUGGCGGUCCCUGCAUGCUGGUGCCGGGGAAGCCAUCUGACCCAGGCAGUGGAACUGCCAACAUUGUUUAUUGUAUUGAAAAUACAAAUUAUGAAAUUAAGAAGAUAAGAAUGGUAGAUUCCUGAUUACUGUUAGGGAGUUGUAAGGGGCUCUUACAAUCUUAUCAGUAAACUAGAACAAGUUACAUCCUUUGCUAAUGUUGUUAUAAGAUUUGAGUUGGCUGUAAAUUUAGCUUCUUCAUGUGUGAUUUAGAAGUAUGAGUAUUGUUGUUAAUUGUUUUUAAUUCUUGUUUUCUUCUCUGGAUUAUAGUUUUUCUCACUCUUAGACUGUGUAAAUCUUUGGGUGAUGUUUUUAUCAGAAGCAGGUUAUUCUGUCCAUUUAUUACUUUACAAAUCUACACAGAACUUGCCUGUUAACCUUACAUGAUGACACUCACAGGCACCAGACUAUUAUUUUUAUAAAGAAUAGCAUCCCAUUAUUAAUAAGCGGGACAAAUUGAUAACAAACUGCAUCAAAAGACUGCCAUAGAGGCAUCGCUGGCAGCCUGGUGGAGACGGCCACAGUGUCAGGCCUGGGGCGAGUGGAGGCUCCAGACUGGGCCUAGGCAGGCAAAGGAAGGACAUAUACCAGAUAACUAACAUAAAAAAUAUAAAAAAACAUUGUUAUUCAUACUGCACUAAGUACAAGCUCAUUGAGGAUGUCUCCCAACUAGCAUUGGUUAGGAUUAACUCAGCAUUAACCUUGGAAACCUAGCAUCUUACAGUAGUGUACUAUAAAUAUCAGGUAACUUACAAAGACAAAAUAAUUAUAAGUUGCUCGCACUUUGUAUGAAUUAACCAUUACAUGUAGGUAACUUUACUUUCAUAAUUAAGAAAGUGAUGCUCAUUAACUGGGUAUGUUGUUGGUGUAUAAAGAGCCAUGUCUCCACCCAGGCGGUGUUUGGGUCAGGAACAAAUGCUUGAACAUUUCACUGAAACAAAGGAAAGAACCUUGUAGUCACAACCUAGUGCUUGAGAGGGAAGAAAAAAAAUAUGAUUCACUUGCAUCUCUCAGUGAGUUGUGACUCAUUAUGUUUGGCUAUUCCUUGUGUACAAUAGUGUGUUGAAUGUAGCUUGAUGGCUGAGCUCCUGCCCAUACUCCUAAGUGCAGGAAUUCCAUCCAUCCCACACUGGACACACCAAACACCUGCCUUCUUGGUGUCACAGGGAGGACAUUUGACAGAUAGUUGACUGAUAGGUGCCAGGGCUUGACCAUUCAGUUAAACAUAGCACAUUGAAAUAGAUUUUGCUGGUUUGUCUGUGUCCGGCAUGCACACACACACGCACACACUUCCCUCUCAGCCUAGGAGAACAUGGUUGCUGGAGUGUAGCCAAGACUGGUUCACAUCCUAGAUAUUGGAGAAUGAUUUGUCAGCAUUAUUUUUUUUUUUAUAUAUAAAGGAUUUGACAAAUGAAUGCCAUACUGUAUAUUAAAUGGGAAGUUGAAA